AUAAUGGGUCAUCUGCCGUGUGUGUUUACAAACUUUUGAGCAAGCCACAGUUACAAUCACGAACUGCCAACGUGUGUCAUCAUGAGCCCUCAGAAAGAUUACAAUCAGACAUUUCGAAGCAGCAAACGAAUCAAUUUUUCGUUCAACGAGACAAAUCGAGGUAAAUCCAAAAAAAAAAUCAGCACAUCGUCGACCUUUGUGGAUUCCCGUGAAGAGGCGGUUCCAAGCAAAGAGCAAGCUUUGAUUUUGCACUGUGUCGACGGCCUGUCAUUUACCGAUUACGUCACUGCCAUAGGAGAGAUGGUGGCACCUGCAAACGUUUUAUUUUCCUCGCGAAUCUCGAACAAUCGGGUCUGCGUGUACCUGAGCAAGCCCGAACUGGUGGAUGAAAUUGUCGAUAACCAAAAGUGUAUUAGUAUAGGCAAAUCGAUGGUUCCCAUAGAAGCACUGGUCAAGAGAAAGCAACCAAUUUUGAUAUCCAAUGUAGCUCCUACAAUUCCAAAUUACGUCCUGGAAGCCUUGUUGGAUAAACUCGGAACAAAGAUUUGCGCUCCCAUAAGCAUCCUGCGAGCUCCCGUCGUCAAUAAGGAAUAUUCGCACGUGCUGAGCUCCACGCGGAAGACUUACAUCGAUCGGAGGGAUGCUAAAAAAUUGCCUAGAAGUGUCAAGUUAGAAUACGAGAAUACGAUUUACUACAUCUACCCUAGCACCGUCGGUUUGGAUGAAAGUUCUGUUGAGCAGACCGAUCGUCUGUACAACAUAGAAUCUACCAUAAAUAACAAUAAUAACCAUUUCGUAUCCUACCACGACCAAAGAAACGAAUCGAAAAUAAUAAGCGGUUCCAUCGGAAUGAAAAACGAUGAUACUUCGAGUCUGAGAGGUGGAGCGAAAAAAUUUCUAUCCGCUGGAUUUUGUUCGUGUCUGUGAGCUUUUUUUUUGGUCUCUAACUCUGAUUUUCCACUAGUUUUCAUGUGCGAGUUAUUAAGUUUUUGUUUACUUUUUUGUUGAUUGUAUGUUAAUCUUGAUCAAUAAAGUUUUUUUUUUUGAAAAAUUAUA